CGGUGGCGAACUACUAUUACCCCAAAGUACUAGCAUCUAAUCCACGCACACCAAUGUUAUGUGUCACGACUCACGACUAUCUAACUAGAGAAUGCUGCAGACCAUCGCUCGUGACAGGGCUGCGGGGUUGACCGUUGAGCCUAAGGAUGGAUGGAUGGAUUGAUUGAUUCAUUCCUUGGUCGGUCGAACCACUUCUUUUGUGCCUCGGAGCCGAAGAAGGGGAAAUUGAACAUCUCUUCUGUUCCAGGCCUUUAGCCCUGACUCGUCCUCUCUACUCUUUCACUCUCGUUCUCUGCCUCUUCCAGCAAACACUCCGCGGACCCCGAUCGUCGGAUUCCAGCGUGCUCUCUCUCUCUGCCUUGCAUUCUAUUAAUGCAAGUACCGUGACACACUAGGGCGAACGCAUGAAAGACUAUAUCAUAUCCGGAAUGACGAUCGUCGGUGGAUGCUAGCCCUUGGGACUCUCUCUAGUUUGUACUCCCUGCCUUGGUUUGGUUGUGCCGGCGGCGUUUGUCUUUGUCCUAUUCCAUAUCCAACACUACUUACUUACUCCCGGCAGUUGUCGCACUUGAGGGAGGAGGGGUGUCGCGUCAGUCCACCACCACCACCACCACCACUACCCAGCCAGCCAGCCAGCCCGUCAGACACACGAAAGUGAUCAUACAAUCUAGGGCAGGGAUUCGAAUCCAGAGCGGUUAGAGCCCAUG